AUGAUUCUUACUCCGCCAGAAUGGGGCCGCGAGAUGAUGCCCAUCCCGGAAUCCACCCCGAUCUACGACUUCCUAAUGCAAAGAGACAAUCGCCACCUCUACAACUGGGUCGAAGAUAGUAAGACUCUGAUCUGCGGGCUUUCUGGAAACUCUUAUACGCUUCAUGUCAUUCACACGCGCGUUGAGGCUCUAGCGCGCAGCCUCAGUCACGAAUUGGGCUGGGCUCCGAACUCCGGAUCGCCCGAGGAUAAGGUUGUUGGGAUCUUCAGUUUCAAUACGCUUGACUACCUCGUUGCGUCUUGGGCGAUUCAUCGCGUCGGCGGCACCUGUUUACUCCUGCACCCAACAAGCUCGGCGGCUGAGAUCAAGCGGCACAUUAGCAUCACUCAAUGUCGCGUGCUAUUUACUUGCCGGUCGCUGCUGACCACAUCAAACCAGGUCCUGGCGGAGCGCGGAGUACUCGACCACAAGGUCUUUCUGCUUGAGCUUCCUGAUGAGCUCGGCAAAAUGCCUAGUCUGCCGGACCAGGCACAGAAGACGGUGGAGCAGUUGGUUCAGCAGGGAUCAUCUCUCCCGCCGAUCGAGCCGUUGAGAUGGAAGCUCGGACAGGGCCGCGAGCAGGUGGCUUAUCUAUGUCCAACCAGUGGAACAUCAGGAUUGCAGAAACUUGCUCAGAUUACCCACUACAACAUCAUUGCCAAUGUGAUCCAGUCCGCCACUUUCGAGUCCCGUCAGAAAAAUGGCAGCACCGAGAUUGCGCUGGGGUUUCUUCCACUGAGCCACAGUUAUGGCUUGAUUUUGGCGCACUUGACAGUAUGGCGUGGCGACACAUAUAUUUUGCAGGCUAGCUUCGACAUGCAAGCAGCUCUUGGUGCGAUUCAACAGUAUAAGAUUGAGAGACUUUACCUAGUUCCUCCUAUCAUUUCUGCGAUGGUGAACAACCCGUUCCUUUUCGAGCUGUUUGAUCUGUCUUCGGUCAAAUCCGUCGUCACAGGCUCCGGGCCAUUUGGAGCCCGCUUAGCAGAAGCUUUGCGCAAGAUUCGCCCAUCCUGGCAAGUCCUUCCGGGCUACGGUCUCACGGAAACUGCUGUCAUUAUUUCCGUGGCUCAUCCCGACUACAUGUACGUUGGCACUGAUGGCUGCCUCCUACCGGGAGUGGAAGCCAGACUGAUCGAUUCCGAGGAUCACGAGGUAGAUGCGUACGACCAGCCCGGCGAGCUGUAUCUCCGAUCCCCUAGCAACAUGAAAGGAUACUUGGGCCAAGAGGAGGCCACUAAAGAAGUCUUUGACGAGCAGGGCUGGCUGCGCACAGGUGAUAUCGCCGUCUUCCGUAUCCAGGAGAAAGAUGGCAAAAAGACAACGUACCUGGACAUUGUUGAUCGCAAGAAAGACAUCAUGAAGGUCAAGGGAAUGCAGGUUGCCCCGGUUGAGAUCGAGUCGCACUUGGCAGCGCACCCGGCCGUGGCCGAAGUGGCGGUUGUUGGUGUUCGCGACGAAGAUGCUGGCGAAAGACCGUACGCUUUCAUUGUCCGGUCUCCCACAGUAAUGACAGAUACAGACGAAGAGACCCUCAAGGCUGAGCUAAAUCAGCUCAUUGAGGGAGCACUGAGCGAGCCUCACUGGUUGCGAAAGAACAUUACGUUCGUGGACGAAUUCCCGAAAAGCAGUAAUGGAAAGCCUCUGAAGUACAAGCUACGGCAGGGCCUGGUAGCUAAUUGA